AAAGCUUUUGGCUGUUCAUGAAGCAUCCGACGCUUUAAGAGAAAACAUAAGAUUACAGGAGUCAUUUCCGAUUAUGUAAAGGGAGAUUCUGUGCGUUUGAUCCCCGCCUGCGGCGCUGGCAGCUCAUCUGCCCCGCUCCGGGCAGCACCGAGCUCUUCCCCAGCCUCCCAUUUCCCGACUUUAAGUUGUCCUAUCCAAGCCGGGGCAGUUCCCUGUGCAUUCCACGUCGGUUCCCAGGGCUGCUGAGGCGAUGGCUGUAGGCAGUCCUAGAGCACGGAGGCAGCCAGGAGCAGAUGCUUAGCCCGGUGCUUCCCAUACCUUCUGGAAGGUCCCGAGGAAGAAAUGACCAUGUAGAUUCCACAGCUUGGGUGCAACAUAAUGGGAAAUGGUGAAUGGAGUGGAGCUGGUCUGCAGCCUUGAAAGCAGCCAUUCUGCAGACCACUAGUCAGUCAGGGACACCUUGCACGCCAGAGGCAUCCUCCAAAUCCUCCACGUCGCUCGCCGGACACACACUGGAUUCUUUUUAAUUUCUUAAACCGGAAUUCGAGAUUCCUCUCCUUCAAUUUUUAAAACAGUUUUAAGAUUGUAAUCGACUACAACGAGUGGAGCAAUACAACCAGCCACAAUGGGUGACAUGACAAAUAGCGAUUUUUACUCCAAGAACCAAAGAAACGAGGCCAACCAUGCGGGAGAGUUUGGGUGCACACUGCAAGAACUGCGCUCCCUCAUGGAACUCCGAGGGACAGAAGCAGUAGUAAAAAUUAAAGAGACAUAUGGGGAAACAGAGGGGCUCUGCAGACAUCUGAAGACAUCACCAACAGAAGGAUUAGCCGGCACUGCUGCGGACCUAGAAAAAAGAAAGCUUAUUUUUGGAAAAAAUUUUAUACCUCCAAAGAAGCCAAAAACAUUCAUACAGCUAGUUUGGGAAGCGUUGCAGGAUGUGACUCUUAUAAUCUUGGAAAUUGCAGCCAUCAUAUCUUUGGGGCUUUCGUUUUAUCAGCCACCUGGAGAAGGGAAUGAAGGGUGUGGUACUGCAACAGGAGGAGCUGAAGAUGAAGGUGAGGCUGAAGCUGGCUGGAUUGAAGGUGCUGCCAUCCUCCUCUCCGUUAUCUGUGUUGUCCUUGUCACUGCCUUCAACGACUGGAGCAAGGAGAAGCAGUUCCGUGGGCUCCAGAGUCGUAUCGAGCAGGAACAGAAGUUUACUGUUGUCCGAGGUGGACAGGUUAUCCAAAUCCCAGUGGCAGAGAUAGUAGUUGGGGACAUUGCACAGGUGAAAUAUGGUGAUCUCCUACCUGCUGAUGGGAUAUUUAUUCAAGGAAAUGAUCUUAAAAUCGAUGAAAGCUCCUUGACUGGAGAGUCAGACCAGGUCCGCAAAUCUGUUGACAAAGACCCAAUGCUGCUGUCAGGUACCCAUGUCAUGGAAGGUUCUGGAAGAAUGCUGGUAACUGCUGUGGGGGUGAAUUCUCAAACUGGCAUCAUCUUCACUCUGCUGGGUGCUGGAGGGGAAGAGGAGGAAAAGAAAGACAAGAAAGAUUCUUCCCAUCCCUCCUCCCACCCUCCUUCAGCCACAGAUGGUGCAGCAGGUGCAAAUGCCACUGAUAAUGCAAAUGCCAGCUUAGUCAAUGGCAAAAUGCAGGAUGGGAAUAUGGAGAACAGCCAGAACAAAGCCAAGCAGCAGGACGGGGCUGCUGCCAUGGAGAUGCAGCCACUGAAGAGUGCAGAAGGAGGAGAGGGAGAUGACAAGGACAAGAAGAAAUCCAACAUGCACAAGAAAGAAAAAUCUGUCCUUCAGGGAAAGCUGACCAAGCUGGCAGUCCAGAUAGGCAAAGCAGGUUUGGUGAUGUCUGCUAUCACUGUCAUAAUUUUGGUACUAUAUUUUGCCAUUGACACGUUUGUGGUCAACAAGAAGCAGUGGUUGCCUGAGUGCACUCCUGUCUACGUCCAGUAUUUUGUUAAAUUCUUCAUUAUUGGUGUUACUGUGCUCGUGGUUGCUGUUCCUGAGGGACUUCCACUUGCUGUCACUAUUUCUCUGGCUUAUUCUGUAAAGAAAAUGAUGAGGGACAACAACCUGGUCAGGCACUUGGAUGCCUGUGAAACGAUGGGAAAUGCCACAGCCAUCUGCUCCGACAAAACCGGCACGCUGACGACCAACCGCAUGACGGUUGUCCAAGCCUACGUUGGUGAUGUCCACUACAAGGAGAUCCCUGACCCAGAUUCCAUACCUGCCAAAACCAUGGAACUGCUGGUUAAUGCAAUUGCUAUCAACAGUGCUUAUACUACGAAAAUUCUGCCGCCAGAAAAAGAGGGUGGGCUGCCUCGCCAGGUGGGCAAUAAGACAGAGUGUGGCCUCUUGGGAUUUGUCCUGGAUUUGAAGCAGGAUUAUGAGCCUGUCCGGAGCCUCAUCCCUGAGGAGAAGCUCUAUAAAGUUUACACCUUCAACUCCGUAAGGAAGUCGAUGAGCACGGUUAUUAAAAUGCCAGAUGGCAGCUUCCGAAUGUACAGCAAAGGGGCCUCUGAAAUUGUCCUCAAGAAAUGUUCCAGGAUCCUCAACGCAGCUGGGGAACCUCGUGUCUUCAGACCACGGGACAGAGAUGAAAUGGUGAAGAAAGUCAUAGAGCCCAUGGCCUGUGAUGGGCUGAGAACCAUCUGUGUGGCUUUCCGAGACUUUUCCAGCAGCCCAGAGCCCGACUGGGACAACGAGAACGACAUCUUAUCUGACCUGACUUGCAUUUGUGUUGUUGGCAUUGAAGACCCAGUAAGGCCAGAGGUGCCAGAAGCCAUAAGGAAGUGCCAGCGAGCCGGAAUCACGGUCCGCAUGGUCACCGGGGACAACAUCAACACAGCCCGGGCCAUCGCCAUAAAGUGUGGCAUCAUCCACCCAGGAGAAGACUUUCUCUGCCUCGAAGGGAAAGAGUUCAACAGAAGGAUCCGAAACGAGAAGGGAGAGAUUGAGCAGGAGCGGAUUGACAAAAUCUGGCCAAAGCUCCGGGUUCUUGCUCGCUCGUCCCCCACGGACAAACACACUUUGGUGAAAGGUAUCAUUGACAGCACACAGGUGGAGCAGAGGCAGGUGGUAGCUGUGACUGGGGAUGGAACCAACGAUGGACCAGCACUUAAAAAAGCUGAUGUUGGCUUUGCAAUGGGUAUUGCAGGGACAGAUGUUGCAAAGGAAGCCUCUGACAUCAUCCUGACAGAUGACAACUUCAGCAGCAUCGUGAAGGCUGUGAUGUGGGGCCGCAACGUCUACGACAGCAUCUCCAAGUUCCUGCAGUUCCAGCUCACCGUGAACAUCGUGGCCGUGAUCGUGGCCUUCACCGGGGCCUGCAUCACUCAGGACUCUCCUCUAAAAGCCGUGCAGAUGUUGUGGGUCAACCUAAUCAUGGACACCUUUGCCUCCCUUGCUCUGGCCACGGAACCCCCCACGGAGGCGCUGCUGCUGCGGAAGCCGUACGGCAGGAACAAGCCCCUCAUCUCCCGCACCAUGAUGAAGAACAUCCUGGGCCACGCUGUCUAUCAGCUCACCCUCAUCUUCACUCUGCUUUUUGUCGGUGAGAAAAUGUUUAAGAUUGACAGUGGGAGGAAUGCACCACUUCACUCUCCUCCUUCAGAGCAUUACACCAUCAUCUUCAACACCUUUGUCAUGAUGCAGCUUUUCAAUGAAAUCAAUGCACGGAAAAUCCACGGCGAAAGGAAUGUCUUUGAUGGCAUCUUCAGAAAUCCUAUUUUUUGCACUAUUGUACUGGGUACAUUUGCUAUCCAGAUAGUAAUUGUCCAGUUUGGAGGAAAACCAUUUAGCUGUUCUCCCCUGCAGCUUGACCAGUGGAUGUGGUGUGUAUUUAUUGGAUUAGGAGAACUUGUAUGGGGUCAGGUCAUUGCAACCAUCCCAACAAGUAGGCUAAAAUUUCUAAAGGAGGCAGGGAGGCUCACUGAGAAGGAGGAGGUCCCUGAGGAGGAGCUCAAUGAGGAUGUUGAGGAGAUCGAUCACGCGGAGAGAGAACUUCGACGUGGACAAAUUCUCUGGUUCAGAGGCCUCAACAGAAUCCAAACCCAGAUCGAAGUAGUCAAUACUUUCAAGAGUGGCACUUCCUUUCAGGGGGCUCUAAGGAGACAGUCCUCCGUCACAAGCCAGACCCAGGAUAUCCGCGUCGUGAAGGCAUUCCGUAGCUCUCUCUAUGAAGGUUUAGAAAAACCAGAAUCUAGAACCUCUAUUCACAACUUUAUGACUCAUCCUGAAUUUAGGAUAGAAGAUUCCCAGCCCCACAUCCCACUCAUUGAUGACACAGACCUAGAAGAAGACCCUGCUCUCAAGAAAAACUCGAGUCCACCGUCUUCGCUGAACAAGAACAACAGUGCUAUCGACAGUGGAAUAAAUCUUACAACUGAUACAAGUAAAUCAGCUACCUCUUCUAGUCCAGGAAGCCCAAUACAUAGCCUGGAGACAUCACUUUAGCUGAAAAGGUCACUGCAAAAAAAAAAGAAAAAAAAAAUAAUUAAAAUUAAAUAAAAUAAAACUCCCCCCACAGCAACCGAAAUAUAUAUAAAUAUAUAUAUUAAAAAACAUUGCUGGCUGAAAAGCUGUUUGAACUCUUAUUCACUCUGAGACAAGUGAAUGAAUUGUUGAUCACAAUGGUUUUGGGGAAAGAAUGAAUGGCUGAUUUACAUACCCCCCCGUUCCCUUUCAGAAAAACAAAAAAACAAACAAAAAAAAAUCCUCCUGCAUGAAUGUACUGUACACUGCUGGCCCUUCUUUCUCUCUUUUUGUUUGUUUUUAUUUCCUUUUUGGUUUUUUUUUUUUUCCUCCUUAAGCAGGAACUGCAGAGGACUUCUUUCUGAGGCUAUUUAUCCAAUUCACUGGUCUGUGAGUUUUUUGAAAUGCUUGUGUGGCAUGGACUCAAUUGUAUAGAUUAAUUUAAAUAACUUUUUUGAAGUUGCGAAGCUUAACUUGCACAGUAGAUUUGCACCAGUUGGACAGAGGAACUUAAACAUUUAUGAGACUAUAUAUAGAGAUAUAUACAUAUAAGUAUAUAGAUAAUUAAUUAUAUAUAUGUAUAUAUCUAUCUAUAUAUAUAUAGUUAUAUAUAUAUAAAGUUUCUUUGUUGGCAUGUUGCCUUGUUUCUGCUCAAAUUGCUCUGACUAUUUUAACUUAUUUAUGUCCUAAAAAAGAAUGUAAUUUGUUUACAAACCUGUAGAUAAAUAUCCUUAACUAUUUGUAGGGUUAAGAAAGCACUUCCUGCCGAAGUAGUAUAAAAAUGGCUCAGCUCAGCUCAUUGAAAAUGUCUGUAAUAUCGCACCCUGGAUAUUUUAUUACAACCAUGUUCUGAUUUCUGCCUGAUUUUAUUUAUUUUUUUUUUUGUUAAAUAAUGUAGAUACUGCUAGUAAAUAACAAAAGAAGCCAAAAUAUAACACAUUGGAUGUAGCAUUGUGAUCCUAUAUACAGGGAGGUAAACCAGGCUUCCUUUGUUUCAAAUAAAAAUCAAAAUGAUCAGGUUCUCUCUUUUUUUUUUCCUCCCCCCCUUUUUUUUUUGUUGGUCCCUCUGAUAAUCUGCUUGAAUUUGUUUUGGUGCAACAUACAAUAAUGGAGGCUAUUUCAUUCUUUAAACAUGCAGCAAUGGCUUCCAAAAAUAUCUUUAGAGAGAUAUUAAAUGAGUUUAUAAUUUAAAAUAAGUUAUAUUUGGUUUGUCUAUAUGGAGAUAAAACAAAUGUUAAAAUACUGUGAUAUACGGCAUUUAAUCCUUUUCAAUUAGUAAUUUAGGCAUUUAUUUCCUUAUUACUUGCAAAGUAUGGGCUGUUGGCAUUUUGGAUGAGAAUCACUGUAGGUUGUUGCUUUGAUUUUUUUUUUAAAGAAAAAUAUAAUUUCUGCACUAUUAGGACUGAAUGAAUCUUUAUUAAUUGUGUAUUGAGAUGUGCUUUGUGUGAUUUUUUUUUUUUUAACCAAGCUUGUCUUCCUGUAGUCACAAGGUAUACUGUAACACAGUAAUACAUUAUUUUACCUUGAGCUUUCUAAGAAGAAAGCUGUUUUGCAAACCUGCAGUAUGGGAGGUGGAAAAUAUUUUUCAAGAUGGUAACAGCCCUGAAAAAGCUUAAAAUUUAUGAGCUUAUAUAAUUGCUAUGUCAACCACUUGAAUGCUAAGCACUUUGUGGAUCACAGAUUUUUCAUAAAUAAUUUUUGUAUUUAAUAUAAAGUUUGCUUGGAGACUUUUCAGCAUAUGAUCUUUUCCAUAACUGUACAGUGCAAAAGACAUUUUGAAUUACACAGUUGAUUCUGCCAGGUGUGUUGGAGAACACUCUCAAACUAGCUUGAUAAACCGAUUUGUUGAGGUACUGUUACUGGUUUUGUCUUAAAAGUUGGCUCGUAAAAGGGGUUCAUCUCUGCAGUCACGAGAACUAAACCAAGCCAGAACUCUCCAAACCAAGAUUAGACUCAUGGCCAAACUGCAGACUGAACUGAGCAGAUGUUUUCAGGGUGCAUCAAGACUUAUCAGCCAGGUAAAGUUCUAAUCAGCUUGACUUGCCAGCUUCGGACUUUUGAGUAGAAGCUCUUGAAUGUUUUUGGCUCAAACGUAGUUCGCUCUCUGAUCCAAACUUCUCACUGACCAACAGAACAGGCCUUUGAAGGCACUUACAGCUCUCUGUUCAACAGAUAGUGUGACCCUUUUCUUACCAGUAUCAAGCUAGCAUGAAACCAUAAUUAUUUUAGCUGACUCCUAGCAACAAAGUGAUUAAAACUCAGUCAGGAUUGUUCGCUUUGUAAAUACGGUGAUUAACCUUUGUACAACAUGUAUUGGGUUUCUAUGGCCUACUUGGGAUAUCAUAUUCAGAAGAAAAAAAAGUGUUAUCUAUUUACAGGGAAGCCUCUAGCUUUGGACUUGAUCAUCUACAGAAGCUAUUAAUUCUGGAACAAUUUAUUUUCAACAUCUUAACACUGACUCUUUGCCUUUUUAUUUUCAAACACUCUUCAUAUUUUUUCUUGUGUUUUUGUUUUUUUUUUUUUUUAAAUUUUCCUGUAGGAGUACCCCUCCCUAAGGUACCAUUUGCAGACUUGAAAACUGUUAAGAAAAUGAACACUGCAUUCUGUGUAUAUAUAGUAAAACAUAUAUAAACUGAGAUGCAUAGAAAACUUGGGCUUUUGUGAGCAGAGACUGUGCUUUAUGUAUAUGAUAAAUGAUAGACUUUUUUUUUUUUAAAAGCAGAAUAGCUAUGACCUUUCAACUACAAGUCGUGCAUCACAAUUCCUUUCUUUUAUUGCUUGACCUCUCUGUGAUGGGAACAAUGGAUCAAAAACCAAAAUGAUCAGUUUGUUAAAAUUCCCUGCAAUAUAUAAAUGCUCGCUCUCUACGUACUGUACUUAGCAGCAUGAGAUUUGUGGACAACAAUACAGUGGUACAUUGGCAAUCCAUCCCACUAGGGGUUAUUAAUAUAUGUUCAUUCAUCUGUUUUUAUGAAUUUUUUUAUCUAGACAAUAAUUGUAAAUAAAGAACUUACUCUGUCUGUUCAUUUAAUACUAUGCAAAAGGUUAUGCUUUCUAUUGUUAUUCUUAUUCCUACAGUGUGAUGCUGGAAUGUUUGUGGUUUCAAAAAAAAAACAAACAAAAAGACAAAAGUAAGUAAAAUAUGUGAUGUAAAUUAUUUUAUAGUUUGAAACAAAAUGAUAAAGUUUUACUCUUGCUGCUUUCUGUCUAAUAGAUCUCUCUUGGCAGGAGCACAAGUGGAAAAUUUAAAGAAAUAAAUUCACAAAGCAGCAUGAACAAUAA